UGGGCGCCUGCCCCGCCCUCAGCGUCCAAUGUGGCCUUCAGGUGCUACUCAAAAGCUCCAGGAAAACUAUUUCUAUAACUUUUUGAUUUUGCAACUUCUAAAUGAUUUUGUUUUGAAAAUGGAUUCUGUGACAAAAGUGAUAUUUGGUAGGUGAUUUUUACUGAAAACUGCAAUUUGAUUUAAAAUUGCGUCAAAAUAAGGAAUGCACACGUGCUCUAACUUUUACUUUACAUUUUGGUGAUAACGUAAUAUUAAUGACUUAAAGCACCUAUAACACAAAUUUUAACACGGCAUCUCCUUCUCCUAAACAAGUCUGAUGACAAAGUCCACCCUUCCCCGAAGAAAACUGGUCGGUCAUGUGCACCGUUUUUAUAGCUUCCCAAUGUCCGAUAGCACAGGAAGGCAACAGGACAGUGAGCAGGUAGAGACUGUCAAUGAGAUCCCAGGGGAGCGAGAUAGUCCGGGAGGUAGACUUUUGGGACGGUGUCACCACUGUACAAGGCGUCUCUCCACUUUCCAAACUUUGAGCGGAGAUCACAGGGAAUUAGGACCACUUUUACUCCGCACUUUUUGUAGUGUUUUCACUUUCUCGUUGAUGAUUUUGAUAAACGAUUCAUUUUCCCUCGGUGUUCUCAAGAGGAUCGUAUCUCAUUUCUCACAGUGCAGAGGAGGCACUGAAAUCAGAGGGAAUGCCUGUGGUUUUUAUUUUUUUUAUUUUUUAUUUUUUUGCAGCGAGCUGGUUUAAAUGAAGACCGACUGUAGAAAAUCGGUUAAUGGGAAGUCGUUUUGGUUUCGUAACCAUUAUAAAUACCACUUCAAAGUUAAAAGUGAAGUAAGGCAACGGUGCAUUUGCCUUAGUUAAUAAUUACAUAAAGCGGUGUACUGAAUAUAACAGCUUCUUCGAGGAUUAUUUUUCGCAACUCCCUGGUUGUAAAAACAUUACCCAACUUACUGGCACCGCUUUAUCUGAGCAUGUCUUUUAACUUCCCGGCGGCCACCUGUAACCCAGCCUUUGAAGUUCAAGUCGUCGCUCUGCUGCGUUUUUUGUGGAUUUAUCCAGAAAACGUGGUGCCCACGGGAUGUGUUAUUUUCUGACGCCGUGUAUGAGCUCGUGUUUGGUCGCAAAGUGUUGUCGCAAGGUACAGUGACUCGUGUACGCUGUAAUUUUAAUAGUCUUUCGGAUACGGAUGAAGAUCGAUACACUGUUGCCUGGACCUGCCCUCCUGGGAGAGGAUACAGCGGUUCAAGUCUGAGGCAAACACGUUACAAAUGAGGACAUUUGUUUAUCUGAUGAAGAGCAGGCUGCUGGAAACCGAUGCACACUUCAGGCUCCAACGCCAACACAGCGCGUCUUAAUGGUGCAUUUGGGCAAACAAUGUUUCUCCUGUCACAGUAAUGCACUGGAUAAAAGUUCAUUCAAGCUUAUAUUGUUUCGCUAGAUCCAGUUUUGUGUGACGAAGGGCUUCGCUCCAUGUGGGCACUGAGUGAUUCGCACUUCUGAAAUGUGUGCAGUUUGAAUAUUAACUCUGGUGCUGAAUGGAAGUUGUGGGACAUUCACGCGUGAAUUGUAAUGGCAGUCCUUCAGCUUUAAAAGUUUGGAUUCUAUCUGUUUUGCAGUAGUCGUGUAGCCUGAGAGGAGAAGUGGGACGUAUAUACAAAGAAACACAUUCUCUCGUUUUGUCUAUCCGCGGUGCUUGCCUGCUUUGAAGUCCACCAUGUGCGGCCGGGCACCGCCGCUACAGCCGAGGCCAUGACCGUCCCCCAGCGGCGCCUGGCCGGGCUCUGGCCGUGGCUGCUCAUGGCGGCCCUGCAGGUGGUUCUGGGCCAGCCGGGCCUGGAGUCCGAGCGGCCGGCCCUACGAGCGGUCAUCAAGGUGGCACUACUGAAUCACGAUCCGACAGGGAAGCCCAUCACCCUGGAAGGAGUGUUCGUGGGAGGAAGCGCCGGUUAUGCGGAGGGAAAACUGAUGCAGUAUCACCCUCUGUCUCUGUGCAACACAAGCGAGGAUGAACGACAAGAGAGUGACUUUAUCACCAUUGUCAAACUGGAGCACAGGGUACCCCGCUGUCUGCCGCUGCUCGAUAAGGCUCGCAUGGCACUGGAUAAAGGAGCACAGGCUGUUAUCUUUGAUGUCAGUGAUGAUGCCAAUGCUGCUGCUGAGCUGCGAGAAACAGACUCUCUUCCUCGUCCAGUUGUCCUGGUAGAGGCGGAGGAUGCUGAAGAGUUGAUGGGUUUGGUCAACAAGAACGAGGAGGCCAAAGUUCGCAUUGAGAUCAUGGUGGAGCAGCCAAGAUGGCCCCACUAUGAUGUGGGCAUCCUGCUCACCAUCGUCCUAGCCAUUCUGACCAUCGUCCUUAUCUUUGCUUUCCGCUACAAGUGCAAGUCCAACAGAACCUGGGACUCUGUCCACCAGCAGACCAUGCGGGCCAUUAGUCGGUUGGAGACCAAAACCUACAGCUCCCAGGGCUGCUCUGGCUCUCAGCGCCACCGAGCCACCUGGGGGUCAGCCAGCAGCUCCAACUCGAGCCCUGUCUGUGCUAUCUGCCUGGAGGAGUUCCAGGAUGGGCAACAUUUGAGGAUCAUCUCUUGUGCACAUGAGUUCCACAAAGACUGCGUUGACCCCUGGCUGCUACAACACCGCACCUGCCCUCUCUGCAUGCACAAUAUCAUGGGGACGGAGCGGCAGACUCAGAGGAACAGACUCCAGCAGAGUCCAGAGCAAAGCCAGGGUUUCCUGCAUGCUCAGCCUUACAGCAGCCCACGAAACCAUCCGUUCCCCCAGCAUGCCAUUCCCUUCUCUAUGAGGCCACACUAUCCUCGUGGACCCUCCGGACCCUAUCCCUCUCUCAGCCAUUACACUAGCUCUUCUCCCAGGGACACCCAGACUCUACGUUUCCUCACCAGCAGGCCGCUUGGCUCCAGUUGUGGGUACCACCUUCCUGCAGAGGUUCCUGGAAGGUCCCACAGGAUCGGAGGCAACUGCAGGACUUCAACCCACCACUACACCCCCCGUCGGUCCUGCCACAACUAUCGUUCCUCGUGUCCAACCCAGCGUAGUGCAUCCAGCUCAAGACCACACCACAUGGCCUCCGUCACACCACAGUCCCGAGGAGCACCAGCUCAUAGCCGGCAGGAUGAGGGUAGCUGCUCAGGUGGCAGCUACCAUACAGAACGCAGCGGAUACUUGGCUGAUGGGCCAGCAAGUGACUCCAGCUCGGGGCCAUGCCAUGGCUCCUCCAGCGACUCAGUUCUGAAUUGUACUGACGUGUCUCUGCAGGGGGUUUAUGGCAGCUGGUCCACCUUUCGUAGCUCUCUGAGUAGUGACUACGAUCCAUUUGUGUAUUAUGGGCCAGGUCCUGGGCGCGCCCCCCGCAGGAACAGCCUGGAGGCAUGUGCCCAGGCCCGACCCAGGUCUCUGGAUUCUGUGGUGAAUAAAGCGGGCUGCCCCGAAGAACAGCCACAGACUGUGUUCAGCCACAUCCACUACCACCGUCACAGACACCACCACUAUGAGGAGGGGGAGCACAACCAGGGCCUGAGCAGAGGCUCAGAUGAGGAGCAGGGGGCUGCUGCAGCUGCACCUGCUGCUGUUGUCCUGGACAAAGACUCACCUGUGUGUUCUCCCAAACACAGCCCCUGUCAGUGCCCAAAGCCAGACCCUACAGAUCGGCCCAGUCCCGGGGCAGAGGACCAUGACCCCAGCAGCCCUACAGGACCUCCAGUCCUGAUGUCCCCAAUUCCUUUACAGCUUCAGCCCCACUGCUGCCACCAGGGACAUGGACAUCCUCCCACUCCUCUUGGGCGAGUGAGUGGCUGUGUGCUUGAUGGCCCCUCUGUUCGUUUCCACCAGAGCCUAGAUCUGCAGGAUGACCGCAGCAUCCACAUCCACUAUGGUCAAGGCUCUGGCUUCUGCUGCUCUCCUCCCGAGCUGCACCCUGCCUUGCUCCCCGUGCCCCUCAUUUUGGACUCUGGUGGUAUGGAGGACUGGCCUUGCUGUGCCGGAGCCCAUGUCGUAUGGCAAAAGCGGGUGCAGCAGGCCCACUCAGAGCCUCAGCUCCUGGGCCCUGGGACCUCUAUGGACAGGCCACCCUGUAGGUUCCACCACAGCCCUGCUGCUGACCGCAACAGAGACAUAUGUUUGUACUGCCAAACAUUGCACCACAAUCAGGGAUCAGAAGAGGAGUCUGGUGUGUGAGAACUUGUUGCAUCCCCAUUAUCACGCUGCUACACAGGAGCCAGAAUGGACAAGCCUCUCAUUGGCUUUUGUUCUCAUGUCUUCCACUCAAUUCUGCCAGAAAUACCUUCAUUCAGAUGAUUCUCCAGCUUCCCUCAGCAAAGCUCUUAUGCUGAAAUGGUCGUUUGACUGAGUUAGAUUGAGUUAGUGCUGUUAAUAAGUGAAAUUAUUGUGAUUAAAUCGUUCUAAAAUUUUUAAAUAAUGCUUGACCUUCAUUAUAGAAGAUCAGAAUAUAUUGAAUGAAUGUUUGGGAGAAACGAUUCAUACGCCACAAACGGGAAAAAGUGUUUUUUUUGUUUCUCUUUGUCAGUCAUAGGAAAAAUAUUAAUUACCAGCAUGAUAUCACAAGUUCCCAUGCUCCCCAGUGACAACUAAUGAAUGAUCCUUGCUUUGGGUGUUGAGCCCUCCAGAGACUCCAUCUCUGCAUCGCUCAUGCUAUUACAAAAUAACUUGAUUUAUCUUAGAGGUACUUACUUUCACUUGCAUGAUCUUCACCUUCCUUCGCUGAGUCCAGUCUCAGCUGAGAGAUGCUUUUCUCUCCAGCCUACCUCAGCUCAGAUUUCUUAAUAUGCCUCACACAGGGGGUCUUUAAAGGUACUGCUGUAGUGAUUUUUUUUUUUUGUCACAACCAUGUAGCUCCCAUAAACUCAACAAAAAGUUAAACCUGUCCAAAUGGAGAGAAAGGUUGCUGAGCCUUGCGUGGGCCUUGUUUUCAUUAUUUCAAUAAUGGCAGCUGUUUUCAACAUGUUUGUUUGUGUUUUGGAUCAUUUUUGGUUUCAUUUUUUUUGGUAGUCUGUAAUUUUUUUUUCACCUUUCAAAAUGAACCAGUUUGACUGAAUCAUGUCAUCAUUGCAAGCUAUUGUCUUGUUCUUGUCAUUUCUCUUGCCAUUGGUUACUUUACGUUUGACCUCAGUGCUGUUAAACCCCCUGAUCAGUGCUGAAUGAACAGGCCUCAUCACAAGGAUGACAAUCCUAUUCUCUGCUCCUUUAAUGCCUGAUUCAUCACAGUGUUGCAUUAUCUUCUAAAAAGAAAUACCUUUCUUACUCUCUUCCAGCAAGCAAAGCUCCAGAAAAUUGUUCUGCAUUGCAGCCAUAGAAAAGAGGUAGUGACUGUUUAAUGAUGUAACUGGAGUAAAGCCAUGCUAGGUAAAUCUUACAGUCCCGAGCAUCUGCUCAGUCUAUUGCCACAGCACCGGUUUAAUGAAAGCUUGGUGUCCUUUUCCCAUGAUUUCAAACGGUAGGGUAGGUAGAGCCUGAGAAAUAGCUCAGGAAAAAUCAAACACUGGAAAAAUAGGAAGAAUUCAUCUUAGUUAGAGUCAUGAUACCCGAAUCGGUGAAAAAUUCUUUUUCAUGGUAAAUGUGCAUUGCCAAUGCCUGCUUUUGAGCUUACAGCACUGGAAGGAAUAUCCACCUUAAACAUUUUUUCCAUUUAGAUAAAUACUUUUUUUAAAAUGAUUUACCCCUCUCUCUGAACUGCCAACAGUGGAAUCAAGGUUGAAAUGUUUGUAACCAGCUAUUCCCUCUUUCACCAUUUAGCCACUCUGGCAGACUGACAAACAGAAAAUGUGUUUAUAUCCCAGGAAAAUUACUCUGAACACUUACACUGUGUAGAUAAAAGCUGACCUCACCGUGCCGUCGAAGGUGGCUCUCUUAUUUUCGUCUAAAGCACAGAUUUCUUCAUGCUCACAUGUACCAGACUAAAUAAUCUGAAAGCAGAGAAAUGAGAAUUCUGUUAUAAUGUGGACUUUACUUUAAAGUGUGAAUGUGAAGACAGUCAAACUUUAGAUACAGUUUAGUUUAGCACAAAAAGCAGAGAAAUCAUGGGUAUUGCAAUGUAAGCAGUAGCACUUACUAAAGCCUCAUAUGUGCCUUAUUCAUUCAGACUGUUCAUAACCCUAAAUUAGAAACCUCCCAACACUUUAAGCUCUUACCUGACUAACCAAAGAGGCAAAAUCUUGAACACAGUGAAUUUCUAAUGAAAGAAGGUGUUGUGCCUUUGUUCCUGCUUCAACCCUUUCUUUUAAUCUCAGAAUUAAAUGUGCUUUCAAAGACAAUAGAGAGCACACCGGAACUGAAGUGGAAAUCAUUUUGGAGUCAAUGUUCUGGACAAUCAUGCAGAAUUUUUCAACUGCAGUCCCUUGUACUAAUACCUCACUUUGAAUGUGUCAACACAGUGUAAUCCAGCUGAAGUAUCAGGGUUUCCUCAUCUGAUAUUUAGUCGUGCUCAAAUGGUUUCCCAGACUUUGAAAUUGAAAUGACUGAAUUACAAGCAGCACUUUGGCUUACGAAGAUUUUUAUAAAAAAUAAAAUAAAAAAAAGAAUAAGUUUCAGUGUGUUAAAUUAAAAUAAGCCCAAAACCAUCAGCACAUGAAAAAUAGCAUUUAGUGAUGCUGCAAAAUAUCUGAUUUCAUCCUGUUCAAGAUCUUUCUCUUUGUGUUGUUUAUGUGUUUGUUUUGUAAUGUUUUGCGAGAAUAAUGAGCUGAAACUGCCUUUUACUAUGUGUAAAAAUCCCUACAGAACUUUAAGGGAUAUGUCAGUAUAUUUUGGAUACUUUGUGUACAAAAAGAGAACAACAAAAAACAGAAAUGAAAUAGUGUUGUAUUUUAUAUAUAAUAGAACAUUUCAAUAUAGUGAUAUGUCACUAAUAUAUUUAUUUACUAAUAUAUUUAUCCAUUUUGUCCAGGUUUGAAAGAGUGGUUUCUGUAUAGACUGAAUGUUUCUAUAUGGGAUCUGACCAGUGCCAUCACAGAUGUAUCAACCUGUCUUCAUUCCAAUUAUAUGCAAAUAAAUUAUUUUGAAAUAA